AUGGCGCAAAUUCAUGAGCUCCUCAGUGCGCAGCAGCACGUCCAAUCUAUUUCGCAGCAAGCUCCCGCCUCAACAACCCACGCAUCCGCUGCACCUUUGACUGUGAAUGGUCAUCCGUCCGGAUGGACUUCCUCAACCAGGAUCGAAUCAGCUGCAGAAGUCUACGCCCUCUACUGUGACUGCCAGCCGCUUCCUUUGCUCGCGGACCUCGAGAAAUCGAGUUUUGCGGCAAGAGACACUGGACUACAGCUAGCCGUAGGCUUACUUGCUGGCCGCUUUGAUCGAGAUGGGCGCCAUAUCGUCAGACCUACACAACAGCAACAGCAGCAGCUCCACCUUCUGCGAGCAACUGUCAUGCAAACGAUAGCCGAAGGUCCUGUAGAGCUCUCCACCAUCCAAACUCUGUGUCUCCUCUGUCUGAUCGAGUUCAACGAUAGUUCUCCGGCUCGAGCCAGUACUUACAGCUCUUUGGCCAUGGACUUAACAUUCUCAGCCGGCCUUGCCUCUGAAUAUUCUCGAUCGGGACUGGCUGACUUUGAGGAACGUCGGAGAUGCUACUGGAGUGUUGUGAUACUGAAGAAUCUAUAUGGAAACAUGGCUGGAACGUUUUCAUUCCUACCCAGCGACUAUACUCCAAAACACCCAACAAGCACGCAGCCGCCGGCCGGGUCCAGUUCAAAUAUUACGGAGCCUGGACUCCCUCAGCCUGAUGAUUCUUUGACAGGCAGAGCGACCACGCAGGACCUGGGCAUCCUUGCCUACAUGACGUCAAUGAGCGAGCUGUGGGCAAAGACUAUCCGCUACGCGCAGCGGCGAGGCAAGAGUCAACAGCCUCCGCCUUGGGCCACCGAAUCGGAAUACCAGCGCAUCAUGGCCCAGCUAAUGGAACUUGAGACCAAGAUGCCCUACAAAUAUCGCUUCAAACCGGCCCGUUUCGCCGACUACACUACUGCAGAGCUCCAAUCAAGCCGCACCUUCUGGUCACCAUGGCUAGUGAACCAAAUGCUCUAUCACUCUCUGCUAUGCCUCCUGAACCACCCGUUGAUCCUUUCUCUGCAAUUGCGCAAUUUUAGGAUGACAAUGGUGCCCGAGGUCUUUCUCCAGCACACUGACGAUCUUACUCAGACUCAUACAAACUGGGUGAUCCACUUGAUAGAUCAGGUAAAAGCAAAAGACUUCCGGCUGACCGACCCAUACCCAGCAUAUUGCGUGGCCAUCGUGGCGACCAUAUUUCUUCAGCAAAGCUAUGCAGACGACGACGAGGUUAGGACCAGCAAACAGGAAAACUUCACGAAAUGCUUGGAGUUUGUGCGAGACCUCGGUGCAUAUUGGCCUAGGGUAGCGCAAUUGGGUAACAAGGUCGAACAGUUCCAGCAAGUUGUUUCUACAUCGUCGCAAAAUGCAGCGAACGCACCCGAUGGCAAGCAUUACAUCGAUCUCCGGCUCUUCUGGGAAAUCAUUGAGUCAUGUUUCACAACAGAGCUGCCAGCUGGGCCGGAACCAUACUUCGGAACCACGCUGUUGGCGCACCGAGCGACCCGAUCCGCAGACGUGGUGAACGGACGACUACUUCCUCCUCCCACUCGUCUAGAUCGCGGUGCAUCUGCGGCAAACACACCCAGCCAGAGAUUGAUCAAUCCCGGCUUUGAACAGUUACAGCACAGUUUACCCGUGGUCGAUGACCAGCUCAGCGUCCUAGCACAGAGCUAUUUUGCACAAGGACAAGAUUUUGUGAACCUUGAUGAUUGGUGGUACCCUGAGCAGGGCGUGUAA